AUGCUACCUCGGAGUCAGCUGCAAAUUCGCCGGAAUGGACUUGUUGAGCUGCAAGGAAUUCCGCCAAUCCUGCGGCCCCUCCUUCGGGCCUACCUCCUGGGCUAUGCUUCCGCUGUUGCUCCGAGAGUCCUGACGUUGCUGAUGCAAUACCUUACCAAGAAGCGCCGCCAAAUUGCAAAGGAAAAUGGGCAGUGCAUCGGGUUUGUGGCGCAACUGAGGCGGAUAGUCCUCGCCGGUUUGGACCCCCAACGGUUUCCAACGUUCUGUGCCGUGAUAGUUGGGGGCAGUACUCUCCUAGAGGGGCCAUUUCGGCGUAUAUUUGACCGAAACGCCAAAGGGCUUACGGAGCUGACAAGAACCAGACUUGCAAGAUGGAGCGCCACGUUCAUCGCCGCUUGGUUUAGCUUGCAGCUUUUGCAGUCCAAGAAGAGCUCAGCCUUUACAGCCACCGUCUCAGUGAAAUCUGACAGCCCUCCAGGGGCUCAGCGACAGGAGAUCCGAUACGGUGGACGAACACUCGAUUUGACAUUGUUCACAUUGACGAGGGCUCUGGAUGUUCUUGUUGGGGAAGUGUGGGCGCGUAGGCGAGCGCGGCGGGUGGCUGAAGGAAGCUGGACCAAGGCUGAGUGGGUCAUCUGCAAGUUUACUGACCCUUGCUUAUUCGUCACCUCGUGUGCUUUUAUCAUGUGGGCAUGGUUUUACCAUCCCGAAAGGCUUCCCAGCGCCUAUAACAAGUGGAUCAGCUCGGCGGCAAAUGUCGAUAUGCGGCUGAUCGAGGCCCUCCAGAAGCUACGUGCUAACGAAAUGUCCUACGGUAAAAGUGGACAAGCAGAGUUGCUCCAAGGCAUGUGUGAGAAAUAUAACUGGCCGGAGGAAUGGGGUGACCCCUCAAAGUCCAUACCCAUUCCAUGUGAGAUGGUUCACAUGGGCUGCGGUCCCUCGUGUGAGCUUCACGCCAUUAGCCGCUUCUAUCGGUCGUGGAAGUGGUCCAUGGCCAUGUACUUGCCCCUGAGCGUGGCGCUUCUGCUACGAGGGCCCAUUAAUAAGAAGGCCUUGGUGCGUACUCUACUGUCAGCAUCGAGGUCGGCGGCGUUCUUGGGCGCGUAUAUUACUCUGUUCUACUAUGGUGUUUGUCUCGCCCGUACCAGAAUCGGGCCUCACAUCGUCGGCAAGGACCGAGACGCAAGGCAAAAGAUGGAUGCCGGAAUCUGCGUCCGCACGGGAUGUUGCCUUUGCGGCUGGAGCGUUCUUGUCGAGUCCGCCAGUCGUCGUAAGGACAUGGCUUUGUUCGUCGCUCCACGGGCCAUGGCGACGUUGCUGCCUCGGCGGUACGGUAUGGACAAGCAAUGGAGGGAGACACUCGUGUUCGCCGCCAGUACGGCUGUUGUUUUUACUUGUAUCCACGAAAAUCAAGCCCGUGUACGUGGAGUAUUGGGCGGUGUAUUGGGGAUGAUUUUGCGCAACUAG